AUGACUGACCCAGAUCGUCCGGAUAAUGUGCCUGUGGGUAAUGGGCGGUUCACCACCCAAGCGCAUGCCGUCGAGGAUCGCCUCAAGGCAGAUACCGUUGGACUUGUCCAACUGUCAGACUUUCGCAAACGUCGCGCCGAGGCUUUCGAGGCCGCACAAGACACCAGUAGCGGUGGAUCAACACCUCACGCAGGCGGAACAGGGCCCAAAGCAGUUUUUAAGAAGAAGAAGAAGGGCGUGAAGGCCGGUGGGCUGUCGUUUGGCGAUGACGAAGAGAAUGACGAUGUAGCAGCCCCCAGCAUUCCGCGAGCUCGACCAAAGACGCAGAAAGCCGAGGCAGGAGAGUCGGACGAUUCCAUUCCUGCUGUACCAGUGAAGCGAGCCUUCAAGCCAAACGCUGCUGUUGCGCUCCUACCAAAAGCGCAGACCAAAUCUGCACUGUUGCGAGAGGCGCAUUUGAAGGAUGCGCUGAGAAAAGAAUAUACGCAGCUUCAAGAAGCAGUCAAGGCGACAGAAUUCUUAAUUCCCUUUGUGUUCUACAGUGGGAAGAAUAUUCCUGGCGGCGUUUGCAGGGUGAAGAAGGGCGAUUUUGUCUGGCUUUUCCUAGAGCGCGCACGUAAAGUCGGCGCAGGUUUGACCGGACUAGGCGAGCAUACACGCAAAGAUUGGGCGCGCAUCAGUGUCGAUGACCUGAUGGUCGUCAAAGGCGAUGUCAUCAUUCCACAUCAUUACGACUUCCACUUCUUCAUCGUCGAUCGUAAGAUCGGAUACAAUGGACCUUUGUUUCCAUACUCCGCAGAGCCCACAUCAGCGACUCCAAAACACCUCUUGCCGGAUAGCUCCGCUUCCUUGUCGGCCGCACAACAGCAAGCUGGACUGUUGACGGCAGCACAGCGUGCCGAACAGGCGGCUGCAGUUCCCGUAGUAGAUGACUCUGAGCUCGAAGGAUUUAACGACGAUCCAGGAUCGACAAAGGUCGUGGAUCGACGAUGGUAUGAGCGAAACAAGCACGUCUUCCCAGCCAGCACGUGGGAAGAAUAUGACCCCACCAAGGACUAUUCGACUGCCAUAAGAAAGGACGCCUUAGGAAAUGCAAUGUUCUUUUCUCGUUAA